AUGCAGCUUCAACAGCAUCAGCACCAAUCAUCGCCAGUAUCGAUGAAGCAACACAGACACGUCUGUAUCUAUCCAAAUUGCGGCUGGAGCUUCAAGCGCUUUGAGCAUCUCAAACGGCACAUGCUUGUUCAUACCGGCGAACGACCACACGCUUGUCCAUUCCCUGGCUGUGGAAAACGGUUCAGCCGAUCCGACAACCUUCAUGCCCAUCAUCGAACGCAC